CAUUAUUUAUAAACAAAUAUAACCUUACUUAAUUAACCUAAUAAACUUAUCGUCGUAUUAAUACAUUUAUCUAAUUUUAUUAAGCAAAUAGUAAAAAAACAAGGUAAAGUUAUAAGUAUCAUUCAUUAUUCACUAAAAUGUCUCUUGCUGACGAAUUACUAGCAGAUUUAGAAGAAAAUGAUCAAGAAGAAUUUGAGCAACUUAUGGACACGGAUUGCAUCAAAGAUGAAAAGGAAGAAAAACCAGAUAUUAAACAAAUUCCCAUGGAACAGGACACGGCUCAAAUUAAUUCCAUAAGAGAAUUGUGUAAAUUACGAGAUUCGGACAAACUGCAGAAUAUUAUGAAACAAAUUUCAAGCUAUGGUAUUCAACCACGCAAAGCCUCAGAAUUAAUAGGACCAGUUGAAGCUGAUCCUGAAUAUCAAUUGAUUGUUGAAGCUAAUAACGUUGCAGCUGAUGUAGAUAAUGAAAUAGUGACAGUGCACAAAUUUGUGAAGGAUAAAUAUCAGAAAAGAUUUCCAGAAUUAGAUUCAUUAGUUGUAAGCCCUCUUGAGUAUAUAAGGACAGUGAAGGAAUUGGGAAAUGAUUUAGAUCAAGCUAAAAAUAAUGAAAUACUUCAGCAGUUUUUAACACAAGCAACUAUAAUGGUUGUAUCUGUUACAGCAUCAACUACACAAGGAACAAAUUUAACUGAUAUGGAGAGAGCUCAAAUAAAUGAAGCCUGCGAUAUGGGAAUUGAAUUAAAUAAUUUCAAACUUAAAAUACUGGAAUAUGUUGAAAGCAGAAUGGCAUUUAUAGCACCAAAUAUCUCAGUAAUAAUUGGUGCCUCUAUUGCUGCAAAAAUGAUGGGAGUUGCAGGGGGAUUAACUAAUUUAUCAAAAAUACCUGCCUGCAAUGUUCUUAUAUUAGGGCAACAAAAGAAAACAUUAGCUGGAUUUUCACAAGUUACAAUGCUACCCCAUACCGGAUUUGUUUACUAUUCUGAAAUUGUUCAGAACUCUCCCCCAGAUUUAAGAAGAAAAGCAGCUCGAUUGGUGGCUGCCAAAUGCAUUCUUGCAGCAAGGGUGGAUGCCUGUCAUGAAAGCCCUGAUGGACAAAUUGGCAAAAUGUUUAAAGAAGACAUAAUCAAAAAAUUGGAUAAGUUACAAGAGCCACCUCCUGUUAAAUUUGUUAAACCUUUACCGAAACCAGUGGAGGCUCCCCGCAAAAAAAGGGGCGGUAAAAGAGUAAGAAAAAUGAAAGAAAGGUAUGCAAUAACAGAAUUCCGGAAACAUGCCAACAGAAUGAACUUUGCAGAGAUUGAAGAUGAUGCUUAUCAAGAUGAUUUAGGAUACACUAGGGGUACAAUUGGUAAAUCAGGAACAGGAAGAAUUAGAUUACCACAGGUGGAUGAAAAAACUAAAGUGCGAAUUUCAAAAACUCUUCAAAAAAAUUUACAAAAACAAAACGUCUGGGGUGGCAGUACAUCUGUUAAGAAACAAAUUUCUGGUACAGCCUCAAGUGUUGCUUUUACUCCAUUACAGGGUCUGGAAAUAGUAAAUCCUCAGGCUGCUGAAAAUAAAGUUAAUGAAGCCAAUGCCAAGUAUUUUUCAAACACAUCUGGAUUUUUAAAAAUAGAAAAAAAAUAAUUUGUCUAAUUUAUUAUCAGACUAAUAUGAUAAUUAAACAUGUAACUGACUUUUUAGACUUAUUUUUAAUGUAUUCUUGGUUAUAAUACAGAUCUUCUAUUAAGAAUUAA